AAUGCGUGGCUGUGCACGCCCCAUGUGUGUCCCGCAUGCAGUGUGAGAACGAGUCAGUAGACGGCCAUACGUGCCUAUUUGUGAUCGGUAGCUACUAGACAACUGGCGUGCGGACGUACGUUGCUCGGAGGGACCGUGCAACCGAAAGCUGCCCGUGAAUUCUGCAACGAAAGACCAGGAUCGACUUGUGUUACAGCCUAGGGUCUUCACUUCGACGCCGCCGGAGAUGGGAGGAAAACAGAGCAGAGACAGUGCCAGUCAGAGUCGAGCUCUCUUCAGUGUUCGGUCGGCGAGCCUCGACUCCAUCAGUACGUCGGUGAGCCAGCGGACGCUCCAGUCAACGGGCCCGGUGUUCCCCCACUCCCCUUCCCUCGAUGCCAUUGGUCAGCAACACGCAGAGACAAAUGGCCGAGUCACGGACCAAAGAUUCGAAGGGAAACACUUAUGUUCUGCUCGAAACAGCCUCCGUUACAACUGCAGAGAGUGCGUUUCCCCAAGUCUCAACGACCGAGAAGAAGGAAUUGGAACAUGAAGGAGGAGUCGGGCAAGAGACGAGUGGCGACAAGCCGCCCGCACAGGGGAAUGGAGGAGAGAUGACGGGGUCAAAGUCCGGCCGGAGAACCAGCGGAGGGGGUCACCUGACAUCGUCCUUGCCAGCAGAGAGUGAGAAGUGUGCCCCGGUGACUUCUGGGAGUGUGAGCGGUGGAGGAGGUGUGUCCACACGGACAGCCACGGAGCUGGCGAGCCGAAAAGACUCGAGACACCAAAACACGAAUAAGAGCAAGUUGGUUCAGAGGGUCCUGCCAACGCGGUCCCAGUCCUCCAGAGCUGCAGUCAAACCAGCCACAGCUGUGGUGGCGCCGGAGCAGAGGCAAAUGGAGAGAGAAGUUCAGCAGCUACUCAAAUCCAUGCUCAAGCAGCAGCAACAGCAGCAACAACAACAACAGAAGGAUCCAGAGUCUCCUCAAACCACCACCAAUAACACUGACAGCAAAGACACUCCUUUGCCGCCUUCCAGUGCCCAGCUACCAGAAUCACUACUACAAUGCUCACCCCAGGAGCUAAAUCAUCUUGCCUCCUACAUAUGCCACACAAUCAAGGACACCCUGCAGAGCUCUCUGGUCGAACAGGCUCUCACGGCACAACAGAAAAAGUCAAUGACGGCGGGAAGAGAGACGGAAACGACCACCGCAUCGAUGCCUUCAGAAGAUCCAGUGAGUGACAGAACACUCUCGGCGGGAGCAGCUGACGGGUCAGAGUCCCCGAGACACAGUGGUGGGAGUGGGGUGGGGUCUGGAGCAGAACGGUGCCUGGUGGGGAGAGAGCCGGAGGAGAGGGUACAGAGACGAAGACACAAACGACAGCGAAGAGAGAGACCCGUGUCCAGCCCAGGAGUAUACUGCGACGAUGAGCUGCACACCAACGUCGGUGAUCCACAGACCAGUCAGAGUGGUGUCACCGGCGGUGUCGGGUCCCCACAAAGUCCGUCCCAUGAGCUGCAGUCACAGACUCACAGCAACGAGGAGUCAUACUAUCACAGAUGUGCAGGGGAGCAGUCACCUGACACCAAUACUUGCCGGGCCUGCAAGCAGCACAGCAGAAAGUUUCGCUCACCCAACGCAGACGAGCCGCUCCACAGAGCCGAGCAGAGAAGAAAAAGAACCGGUAGAUCAAAGGACGUCCCUGUCGACGUUUCGUUAGACGACAAUUGCCCCGGGGUGAACCUCAUUAGGCGAAGAUAUACCCACCGACAUGUUGUGUGCGAUAACUGUCUGCAGAGCAUUGGGAAAGAUGCAGUCUGUGGGAGACAGAGUAGACGACCACGGCAGAAACAGCAAUCAACAGUUUCCUCGGAGGUCCCCUGUGGUAACGAGCUAAAACUGAGCUCUCACAACAACCGACAGGAGGUGCAGGGUGUGGGGGAAGGCUCUGGGUUCAUCACGCUCUACCAGUUGAGAACGGUUGCUCAGAUUUUGCAGGAGAGCACUGGCUGCGUGGACGACAACGUCACGCAACAUGAGAGAGAGCACCAGAAGCCCACGGGGCCUCCCAAGUCCCAGUCGUUCCGUCACGAGAGACGGCAGCACAACCAGUUUCGGGUCAACAAGAGCAAGAGAAAGAGUGUUGUAUUUGACGACUGUUUAUCUGUGGCUCAGUCUUCAGAGCUAGAGCACGAUGUAGUCGGCCCUUCGUCUCCAGAGCAGAGACUUUCCCACCUCAAGGAGCUGGCAUAUCCAACGAAAUCUCGUUCCGGCAGGGACAGCCCCGCGACUGAUAUGGCUGUUAUUGACCUGAGUGUGGACAGUCCCCGUAUGCUUCGGCCGUUGGACCCCAGACUAAAGGAGGCUGCCACUAUCGCAAUUCACGCCGAGGACUCUCCGAACAAGAUAACACACCUUCACCACCACUACCACCACAUAAUACACCACGGGGAACCUUAAUAUUUUGUUUGCUCAAUUAUUUUUUGAAACCCCAUUUUUUGUCAGAUUGUCAGUACACUUAAUUGCCACCUCUUCCGUGUCACGCUGUGUAAAAAAUAUUCAGAUGUGCCAUAUUGGUUUGUACAGAUAUAUACCACAGUCAUAAGUCUCAUCAUCAUGUUUCCAGUGCACCCUUCAGAAAUCAAAAGAAA